UUAAGUUGCGUUCCAACAUUCUGCGGCUCUUCCAGCUCCGGCUGUGGCCACUCUGUCAGCCUCUCCGCCCGUGGGGGAAAGACCCAGACGCAGACGUCUUCCUCCCCCUUUUUUUUUUUUUUUUUAAAUGUCCGAAGCGAUUAGGACGUCCUUAAACAAACGCAGAUUCUCUAUUCAUGACACCGUUAGAGCAGUCAUGGAGCUCAACAAAAUCGUGACCCUGUGGAUAUUUGGCUUGUGUCUCAUCGGAGGAAGUUGGACUGACAGGCCCAGCUCGUCCACGGCAGACGCUGCUGAAAAUGGAAUAUCAGAUUUCUGUCGCAUCGACGAGACGCUGUGCCGGGACGAGAACCCCGUCCUCAGCUUCGAGGCUAUCCGCAGCAUCCACAAGCAGAUGGACGACGACAAGAACGGCAACGUGGAUGUGGUGGAGACGGACGGGUUCUUGAGGGAGGACCUGAACUACCACGACCCCAAGGCCAAGCACAACAGCUUCCACGGGGACGACCAGUUCAUCAGCGUGGAGGAUCUGUGGAACGCAUGGAAGGGAUCUGAAGUGUAUAACUGGACUGUGGACGAGGUGGUAGAAUGGCUCAUCACCUAUGUGGAGCUGCCGCAGUAUGUGGAGGCCUUCCGCAAAAUGAGUUUUAACGGGAGCGCCAUGCCCAGGCUGGCCGUGAAGAACACCACGCUGAUGCACUCCAUCCUCAAGAUCCUGGACCGCAGCCACGUUCAAAAGCUGCAGCUCAAAUCGUUGGACACCGUGCUGUUUGGAGCGCCCCUCAUGAACAGACACAACCACCUAAAGGACUUCAUGCUAGUGGUGUCCAUCGUCAUCGGAAUGGGCGGUUGCUGGUUUGCGUACAUCCAGAACCGCUACUCCAAGGAUCACAUGAAAAAGAUGAUGAAGGACCUGGAGGGCCUGCAGCGGGCUGAGCAAAGUCUGCACGACCUGCAACAAAAGCUGCAGAUCGCCCAGGAGGAGCACCGCUCCGUGGAGGUUGAGAAGGUCAACCUGGAGCAGAAGCUGAGGGACGAGAUCAGCACGGCCAAGCAGGAAGCCCAGCGGCUUAGGGAUCUGCGCGAGGGCACAGAGAACGAACUCAGUCGACAGAAGUACGCCGAAGAGGAGCUUGAGCAGGUGCGCAUGGCCCUGAAGAAAGCUGAGAAAGAGCUGGAGUCGCGGAGUAGCUGGUCCCCUCCCGAGUCGUUGCAGAAGUGGCUGCAGCUCACCCACGAGGUGGAAGUUCAGUACUACAACAUCAAGAAGCAGAAUGCCGAACGGCAGCUCCUGGUGGCCAAAGAAGGGGCUGAGAAGAUCAAGAAAAAGAGGAACACCCUCUUUGGGACUUUCCACGUUGCGCACAGCUCAUCCCUGGAUGAUGUGGACCACAAAAUCUUGGCAGCAAAACAAGCACUGGGCGAGGUGACGGCUGCCCUGCGCGAGCGCCUCCACCGCUGGCAGCAGAUCGAGCUGCUCACCGGCUUCACCGUGGUCAACAACCCGGGCCUGCCAUCGCUGGUGUCGGCCCUCAACCUGGACCCCAGCUUCAUGGGGGGCCGCGCCACGCCGCAGCACUUCAUCGUGUCCGACGACAUGGACGACCUGGACGAGGACAUCGUGCCCGCGGUGCUGCAAUACGGCACUCGGCUGUUGAAGCGGCGAGCCAGUGACCUGUGGUCCGGCGGCUCGGAUUGUCAGCCCGUGUGGAAAAAUCUCGCUCCCAGCAUGAUGUCCCUGCGCCAGCGCCACAUUGACCCCCACCUGUCUUUGAGCUCGCAGAGGUUGGUAGAGGGUUCCCCGCUGGAAGGUCAGCAGGGGGAGGGAGCCUCGCACCCGGGUCCUCGGCCUCGGCCUGCCUUUCGAGAGUCCCGCAGCCAGUCUUUCGGGCACCUCGAGAGUCUGUGUCUGCCCCCGCUGUCCUCUGCCGUGUCGCACCCCGCCAUCAUCUGUAGCUCAGCCGCCAUUCCGCAUUCUUCGUCCUCCUCCUCUUCCUCUGUCAGCCCUCAUUCCUCCCACGUUUAUCACCCUUCCUUCCAGCCCAUGGACCCCAUUCCUGACCUCACCUUCUCCGACGACUCCAAAACGCACUCGGCGCGUAGCGACAGCUUCGGGGACCUGAAUCGGUCGGACUCUGACUCGUCGCUCUCUCUGUCGCACGCGAGCGACCGUCUGUCGGCGCUGGGCUCCAAAGGCCUCCUGAUGAAGCCCACCUCCCUGCUGCAGGGCCUGCCCAACGGCGGCGCCCGACUCCACGAGUGUGGCGCAGGUGAACACGCGCCUGACAGCCCCAUCCUCAUGAAGAGGGUCCAGCAGCAGCAGGAGGGGGCGAUGGCAGAGGCUCACAGCCCCGCCGAUUCCAUCCGUUCCCUCAGCUCCACCGAGCCGGAGACCCCCUCGCCCACCUGGGCCAAGGGCAACACCCGCAUCCCGCAGCUGUUGGCAAAGAAGAGCCCGCUGGAGGAGGACAGCGCCUCCACGGGCGAGGACACGGAUUCCACCGCCAGCCGCAAGAAACACACCUUCAAGCUCUUCAAGAAACAGAAGAAAUGAGGCAACUUUUUCUUUUUUUUUUUUAAAUGUGUAUUUUUUUUUUUUGGGAGGGGGGUGGGUGGGUGUUGCUUUGCAUUGUCCGGGACUGUUUGUUGCCCCGCAACACUUUGUGAGGUUUACUAUAGAACCUUUUGGACUCUGGGAGCAAUCAGCCGCUUUUACUGCUCACAGAAAGUUUGCAAUACUCGGCGGCUUUUGGGUGAAAUUCCAGGAUGAAACCACGAUUGUUCCGCUACGUCGUCAACAAGAUGACUUCUCGAGAUUUUUGAAUGCCCAAAGAAAGUUCCACGGUAACAUUGCCCGUGGCGCGAGACACACAUUUCAACAAAUGAAGCACUUAUUUAUGGUCGUAUUGAUGAGAUAUCUCAAAAGAAUUUUCUCACAAAUAUGUAGAAGCUGUUUUUUGAUGGCUUGACAUCAUGGAUAGCCUUCGAGCUAAUGUUAGCUACAUGGCAUGCUAUCCAUUUCAAAGUUAAAAGGGCACAUCUGUGAUAUUAAUUUACUGAUCCUGUCGGAUUAUCCACCACAUCUAGUUUAAAAUUGCUGUAAUAGUAGUGGUUUGGCUACAUCUUGUGGCAAAACGGUCGCAAGGAACAACUUUUUGGGAGGGUGUCAAUUACUGGUCAAUGUUUGUUAUUCGGAGCAGUAUAUUUGCGGGUUUCUCACAAAGAGCUGAAAGGUAAAUGUGUGAUCUAUGUAUGAUUGUUUUUUUUAUUCAGUCCUCUUCUGCUUGCAGUCAAUAUCAGGACAUCAUGAUACUGAGACAACCACUGAGAAUUGAUCAAUAUCAAUCAAUUGAUCAUGCUUACAAUGUCAUCAGCAGGUUGCAAAAAUAGAGACCGAAAGAAGUUGACGUCCUUCACGGUCAGGAAUGAAAUAGCAGUUGUGGAAUUUGCUGCUGUUAUGAGAAUUCACUUCACUGGAAAGUGGUGAGAAAUUUGGCUCAUGUAAAAAAAGUCUAUUUUAGUCUAUUAUAGGUUCAUCUUAAAAUUUCACCCUAAAGCUCCACAGCGGUCACUUGUAGUGACGAGUUUUUGUGUGCGUGGGGUCGGGAGGUAAAAUAAUUGCAAUGUAAAGAAUUUAAUCUAUGCCAGUCUCAAAGGGAAACUUUUUUUUUUUUUUUUUUCCAGCAUGUCUUUUGAUGCAUGCUGACAAUUUUUUUCCCCCUUUCCGUCCUCUUGACAACUCAGCACUGAGUGAAAAGGGUCAGGUGUGAAUUUUUUUUUUUUUUUUGACAUGGACUAAACGACCCAAAGGUGUUGAAACUGGAUCUGUCUGCGUUUAUUUUGUGUGCAAAACUCUCGCUUUAUGCUGUUGUUUUGAGUUCGCUAUUUAUUUAAACGGGGUUCUUGUGUCAUCAGGAGAAAAAUGUUACCCAAAAAAAAACCCAUAAUUAUAAAGAAAAACAGAAAUCAACCCUCCCAUGAUCCAAUUGUAGUAGUUUUCAACCAGAAGUACUGUAUUUUUUAGUCUUCUGACCAACUGAUAGCCUUUUCGUCGUCUGAGGGUCUCGUGGUUAAAAAACGGAUAUAACACAACCACUGUCUAAAAAAAAAAAAAAAAAAAAAAAAAAAAAGGGGGGGGGGGAGGGGGUGCUGUGGCUUGCAGGUAUAAUGUCUUGAAUCUUUUUCUACAUUUGUAUAUACGUAGUGAUUAUUGGGUGCUGUAAAAGGGCUAAAUAGAACAAUUUGGUAUCAACCCACCCAAAUAGUGACGCUAAAGGCCAAGGAUGCCACAUCAAAGUGCCAAAGCUGAACGCCAUUUUGUAAGAGUGUUCCAGCGACAAUUCGUUCUUUGUCUCGGAUGUUUACAUUUUUCAAUGGGGGCGGGGGCUCACAUCACUAUGCAUCUGUAGUUUCAGCUUCUUCUCGUCCACAAAAAAAAAAAAAAGAAAAUGACAAGCCGGUCUCAAACACGAGAUACGGUUUGAAGAUUUUACAAACUGCUACCGUUUUUUUUUUUUCCCUAUUUUUUUUCCAGAAAUCGAUACGCCUUUUGGUUAACAGCUCUACUUACUGUUCAUGACAUCCUGGAUGUUUUUUGACGCAUGUCCAAGUGCUUCGAUCGACUUGCCCAGCUGCCCUAUCCUAAUAAGUUCUUAUCAGCUUUUGAGCUCGUAUUUAUGAAAAACCAGACGGUAUAUUUGUACAGUGAUGACUUUUUGCAUCUCCAGUGAUGGUCUUUUAUGGCACUCUUGCAUGAAAAGCAAUAAACUAUUUUAAACAAAUAACUAGAAUAUUGUUUGUUGUACACAUUGCCAUAUACAGUUGAGUGUACCGUAAUUUUCCGGCCUACAGAGUGGACCUAGUUAGUUAUAAGCCUCACCCAGUACAAAUGUAAAGGAAAUACCAUUUGGUACAUACAUACGCCGCACCUGUGUAAAGGCCGCAAGUGCCCACAUUGAAAUGAGAUAUUUACAAAAAAAAGACAGUACGCGGAAAUAGUUAAACGCUAGCGCUAAUGCUAACAGGGCCGGUGAAAACAAAACUUGCUGGUAAAUAUCACAGACACUCCAGUCACACUGCAGCAACAUGCUAAUGCGAGCACGACGCCAAUAGGGCCGGUAAAAGUCACUUCCUCGGCACAUAUAUUCCACCGGUCUCAUGUUUACCUUUUCCGCUCGAGUGCCCUAUUGUGGCCGUGAGAAAAAAAUGCACAAAUUAGCCACAUCACCGGAUAAACCGCAGUGUUGAAAGCGUGUGGGGGAGUUGCGAUUUGUAGGCCGGAAAUUACAGUAAUUUUUCUUUUCAAUGUGCAAUCACCACACAAUGUAAAAAAGACAGCAGGCGAGGGAAACUAUUUUGUGUGCAUUGUUUUUCCUAAUGCUAAUUUAUCAAAACAGAUACUGUACAGAAAUGACAUGAAAAUUCAUCUUUAUUAUUAAUUACGUACAUUUCAGAUGCUGUAUUUAUUUUUAUUUUUUUUACUUUUCAAUCUCUCAACGCUUUGACAUCUGGAUUCGCGUGCGUAAAAAUAUGAUCAUAUGGUGUCAUUUCCAGUAGGUAACCUUUGCCGCUAACUGCCUGAUGCUUGGUUCUUGAUUUUGUCAGUUUUUUGACGGCCGCCUGUUCUCCACUCAACUAACCUCAAAUUUAGUGGGAAAAGAGUCACAAGUCACAGCAUCUUCGUGCUAGUUACCGCACCGCAUGGCUUCUCCUUCACGCCCAACUCUCCGCUCCUCAACUUCCACGAAGGUUUCACAUGCGUUUAGUCAACUCAUCGGAUGGGAGGUUUGUUGAAAUGCAAAGUUGCUAGACGCGUUAGCUAGCCAAUAACUAGCGCUAAUAAAGUCGGUUCAGGUAAGCUAGCGUCCUUGCUAACAAUACAAGUACUCCCCUUCGACGAUAGGACAAAAUAUUGCCUCGUUUCUUAGUACAGUGGUACCUUGGUUUUCGAAUGUCUCUGUUUUCGUACAAAUCGUUUUUUGAAUGUUUUGAGAUUUUUUUGCUUUGGUUUUUGAAUGAAAAUCUGAAUUUGAAUGCCCUGUUCAGCUGACCCAUGAUGAUUUGUUAUUGUGCUUUUGAGGGUACCCCCCCCCCCCAAGAAAAAAAAAAAACGAAACUGGUUGGUUGAAACACUUGUAUUGCAUUAUUUUUUUUUUUUUUUUGGUUCAUUAACCCUACCUCUAGUUCCAAGUUAAAUUUUUUGUACAUUACGUACUUUCUGUGCAAAUAAAAAACAAGUUGUCCGCCCC